GGAAGCCCCAGCCUCUGCGGGAUGACAGCGCCUGGUCGCCACGCAGGGCCUGGCCUCCAUUUCCUGUGGCUCGUCACAGCCCUUCUGAGUCACCACAGGCUGCAGUCCACUGUGAGGCCAAGCCCAUCCCCCACCUGCCUCCAGCCAGGCCUGGCCGAAGCCUUCUCAGCAAAGGGUCUCCGGCACGUGCCCGACAGUAACGCCAUGAGCUUCGUGGCUUAUGAGGAGCUGAUCAAGGAGGGUGACACGGCCAUCCUGUCCCUGGGCCACGGCGCCAUGGUGGCCGUGCGCGUACAGCGAGGGGCCCAGACCCAGACCCGGCACGGCGUCCUGCGGCACUCGGUCGAUCUCAUCGGCCGCCCCUUCGGCUCCAAGGUGACCUGCGGCCGAGGUGGCUGGGUGUACGUGCUGCACCCCACGCCCGAGUUGUGGACGCUGAACCUGCCGCACCGCACGCAGAUCCUGUACUCCACGGACAUCGCCUUGCUCACCAUGAUGCUGGAACUGCGGCCUGGCUCUGUGGUCUGCGAGUCUGGCACUGGCAGCGGUUCUGUGUCCCAUGCCAUCAUCCGCACCGUGGCGCCCACUGGCCACCUGCACACCGUUGAGUUCCAUCAGCAGCGGGCGGAGAAGGCCCGCCAGGAGUUCCAGGAGCACCGCGUGGGCCGCUGGGUGACUGUGCACACCCAGGACGUGUGCCGAAGUGGCUUCGGUGUGAGCCAUGUGGCUGACGCAGUCUUCCUGGACAUCCCAUCGCCCUGGGAGGCCGUGGGCCACGCCUGGGAUGCCCUCAAGGUCGAAGGUGGGCGCUUCUGCUCCUUCUCGCCAUGCAUCGAGCAGGUGCAGCGCACGUGCCAGGCCCUGGCAGCCCGCGGCUUCACGGAGCUGAGCACCCUGGAGGUGCUGCCGCAGCUCUACCACGUGCGCACAGUCAGCCUGCCCCUACCGGACCUGGGGGCCAGCACCGGGCCCCCCGCCGGCUCUGACGCCAGCCCCUUCCGCAGCGGCACGCCCAUGAAGGAGGCCGUGGGCCACACCGGCUACCUGACCUUUGCCACCAAGACCCCAGGCUAGUGGGCUGCUGAUGGGAGCCCCCGGGAGCUGGGAGCACCACAGGCCUGGCAAGGAGGCCGGAGUCUUCCUUAUAUGGUCCGCAGAGCCUGUCUGGCCCGUUUUGGAAACAGAUGGCAGGGCGGGGCUUAUGGCCUCCUGGGUGGCCAGAGGGGGAGGGUACAGAGGGGUGGCCUUGCUGGAGGCCUCUGGGACUUUCUGGUUCUUACCAGGGGAGACCUCUACCCACGUCACCGUCCAGCUCAGGCCCUGUCCCUACUGCUGUGUUGCCAACAUGAAGUCUCUGUCACAGGCUCUCCUGGUGUUGGAGCCGGGGGCUCUAGGUUGAGGGUGACGGGUCUGACCCCAAGCAGCAGUGGGCAGAGGAGGACUUGGCCUGGCCCUGAGGCUGGUGCUGGCCUCUAGGUCUUUGCAGUGUUCACCCUGUGCCUAUUGCAUGGCCUUGGCUGCUGGCUAUCCUUGAGCUUGGCCAAAAGUUGAGGGUGGAGCUGACCCCAAGACCCAUGCCCUAGCUCCUCUACCCUCGUGCAGUGCUGAUGAGGACCUGGGGAGGUGACUCUGCCAUGUGUGUCCCCUAUGGGUGCCAGUUCAAGUCCCAGCUGUUCCACUUCUGAUCCCAAGGGCAGGGCAGCCCCUUCCCACCAACUCUGGGGACCUGCCUCCUGCUGCCCUGGCCCAGCCAUGGCUCCCACCCAGGGGAAAGUGUUGCUCAGGGUGCCCUGGCGGGCUCUCUGUUGAAGCCAGCGUUCACAAUCUAGACUUCCUCAGGUACCCCUGCCUCUCAUGGGACCCUGGGGGUCAUGGGGACGCCCUCUGUAAGGGACAGUAGUGUGAAGUGGGGCAGAGGGCCUUAGAGGAUGGGCGCCCAGGGCCUGGUGUGCAGCUCCAGUGUGGCCACCCUGUAGCUAAUGCGUGAAGGCCCAGGUGCCAGCCUCAGCUUCCCCAGCGUCUGGAUGCCAGCCCAGGGCACUGUGCUGCUAAGAGGCCAACCCUCGUGUGCCCAAGAGGGCACUGAACGUGCCGCCCUUAUGUGUCCCCUGGCUCCUGUUUUUCCCUUCCCCAUCCCAGGGUAGGCACCAUGGAGGCUUUAAACUCCAGGACAAUGGCCUGACUCAGUGGACAAGGGGGCGAGUAUGUGGCCACCCCCAUCCGACUGCAGAAAGGGCCCCUUGUCCCAGAGGUUGGGAGGAGUGUGUGUGUCCCUGUGUGUGUCAGCACCAGGCCCUCCUCCCUCCAGAGCCCUUGGCCUUCCCACCUCACUGUGUGCACACCCCCUCCUAAACCCCGGAGGGUCCGCCUCUUGAUUCCAGGAGAGUGUCCCUGGAGCUACAAGGCCUGUCCACCGAGCGUCCUGGGGGACAGCUGCUGUUGGAGCCCCGUCCCACCUCAGGUAGCCCUCCAGGCCCAGCUCAUCCCCCCCAAACAUGAGCCAGCCUGGCCGGGGCCGGCAGCAAACUCCUGGGCUCCUGGAGGCCCUGUUAGAUGUGCCUUGCUCAGCAUUGCUUUCCCAGCCUGGCCCACACUCCAGCAGGGGUGUCCCACACAGGUCACCCCCGGGUGCUGCUGCAGCUUGGGAGCCCCCGCCCCACCCCCAGACACAGCAGAGGAACUGAAGUCACGCGGGACCCAGUUGUGCAGAUGGGGCCUGACUCCCAGAGGAGCAGCUGGGCUUGCAGUGAGCCACCGGUCAGCAGGUCCCAGCAGUCACCUCUGAGUCAGCAGCACGGGGCUCCUCACGAGGCAGGGAUCCAGCGGGAACCUGCCCAGCCCACACCUCGGCCUCCACCAGGCUGGCACGCCUGGGCCCACCGCCUCGCUCACCUGCUCUCUGAUCCCAGACCUGGAGCUCUCCUUGCAACUGCUGCUCAGCCAGAGCCCUAGAAGGCUGGGCCAGGCCGGGCCUCAGGGCAGGGUCUUUGCACCAGGGCGUGAGUGGGGUGGGGGACACUGGGAUCCAGGGGCUUGGCCUCUGUCCAGUGGGAUGACAGGGGUGCUGUAGACUGCGCAUGUCCCUUGUGUGUCUCCUUCAGGGCCACGCUGUCUGCUCCCAGUCUUUGACCUGCGUGCUGGAGGUCGGGGCCUCCCCUACCCCACCAGGGCCCACUGUGCAGCUGGGGGAGCUGCCUGUCUGCCUUUAACACUGCGUCAAGUGCCCUUGUUUCCCUGUGGGACCCUCACCCCCUGUGGCUACAGAGCCAACGCCUCAGGAGAGGGGCACCUGGGCGGGGGCAGGUGUUCCAGAGUGCAAGGCCCCAAGGCAGUCACUGCCAGUCCCCGGGCUGGGGCAGGCCCUGCCCCUUGCAAGGGUCUAAGCAUGGUGCCCAGCAGGCCCGGUGCCCCGCUCUGCCUGUGGAACCCGAGGGCGUUCCUGCUCCUGCCAGGGAGGGCCUUUCUCCAAGUCUUGGCUCCUGGAUAAUUUAUCAGGAUAAUGUGGAAGGGAGAUUGGAAAAUCCAGGCUAUCAUCUAGUGGUGUGAUAAGGCAGGAAGCUGCCUGGGCUGGGCGUGGCCAGGUGGCUCUCACUUGACCUCCGUGGGCUGCAGGGUGGCCACACUGGUGGGCACCAUCCACGUGCUGACGGCCACCUCCACUGAGCGUGGGCAUGGUCUGCCGUGAGCUGUGGUGCUCCCUGGUGGAGGCCCUGUGGCUUCAGCAGGGAAAGAGGGAGCCGCCCUUCUGCGUGCUCCUGUGUUGCUUCCUGAGACGGGAGAGCGGCAGAGGUGUUCCCGUGGGCUGUGCCAGGGGCCCGCACGGCCCGGCCCAGGCGAGGCGAGGGCGUUUCAAAGUCAGGCUGCUUCCGAGGCAUCAGCGUCGGCGGAGGGAAUAGCUUGGCUCCCACCAGGCUGAGAAUAGCUCCGAAUUGGGUCACGCUCACCCAGAGCUCCGGUCACAGCCUGCAGCCUUUGUCAAUAAUCAGCUUUCUCCCCGACAUCUGUCCCUUCACAGAGGGGGCAGGUGGUGCGGGCACAGUUUUAGAAGAAGCAAAGCAGAGGGCAUGGAGUGAGGGGAGUCUAUUUUUAAAAGAGAGGCUCCGUCCCCUCCCCCACCCCGUCCCCCACACAAGAGCCACCUCCACUCUGCUGUUAGCCCCCCGCCUCCCUCCACUCCCAUGCCCACAGGUGCUCCCGACAGGUGAGGAUGCUGGGUUGGGUCAGCUGAGAGGGUAGCCGCACCCUUGCCCUCGGGGCUACCCUACUCCGAGGAUUCCAGGACUCUUGUUCCUCCAGCCCUGGGGCUCCCACUGGCCAGACCCCUACACCCCACAUCCCCCAGCUACGUUUCUCCAAGGCCCCUGGCUGUGCAUGCCAGCCCCCUCUGCUGACCAAGGAAUGACAACUUCCUUGGGGACGCUGCAGGGUUGAGCAAGGAUGGGGGCUGGGAUUUGCCUGAGAAGAAUCCCAGGCGGUGGAGCGGGGUACGGGAUUCUUUGUGCAAUCUCUGGUAUUGCAUUUCUGUGACAUUUUUCAUAAUCAAAAAAAAUUUAAGGGAAAAUGUUGGAUCUUGGCCUGCUCUUACUGCUUUAAGGAGAGUAGUUCCUCUCUUGAAUAAAGCUUUGCAGUCUUCAAAGAAAAAGGGGGGCUGGGGAGAUGUUGGGGGCAGGCGCCUGGUGUGGUGGUUCAAACACCUGCAGCCCAUUCCGAGUGCUGGGGUGUGAAUCCCAGCUCUGCUUCCAAUUAGGGCUUCCUGCUGAUGUGUUCUGGGAGGCAGCAGGUGAUGGCUCAAGUGGUCGGGUCCCUGCCACCCACUCGGGAAACCUGGAUAAAGUUCCAGGCUCCUACCCUCAGCCCGAGAACUUGGGAUGUGACUCAGCAGAUGGAGGGCAGAUGCCCCAGGGCUUGUUGUGGGCCCCCCAGGAAGGAGUCGCUUCCCCCAUCCGUGCCCUUCCAGGGGACUGUGUUUUCCCCACUGGUUCUCACGCUCGGGGUUGGUAGGAGACACAGGUUGCCUGG